GCUGGUUGUCAUUUCACUCGGCUCGGUCCUGAGGAGAAGGACUCAGCCGCGGCUGCGGGACCCGGGCACCGGAGGCAGUGGCGGCGGCGGCGGCGGCGGCGGCAGCGGCGGCAGCAGAGGAAGACGAGGAGGAAGAAGCAAAGAAAAAGAAGAGCCGGGGGGAGUCCCCAACGACGACAGCUGGGACUGCGGGACCGGGAAAGUGGCGGCGGCGGCGGCGGCGGCGGCCCAGCAACCGUGAGGAGAAACAAAAGCCUUCUAAAUUAUAGUUUCAAAGCAGUCUAGGGGGAAAGAGAGCGCGAGCCCAGGGGAAGGCCUUGCUCCUUUAGAGUAACUACGGUAGCGGGGUUUUCCUUUUUGUCCAUCCCCCUCCCCCCACCUCACCCCCCUCCCCCCGGCGGAGAAUCGAACUGAGAGAACUGAACAAACCGCCCCUGGGUCCCAUGAGGGAAAAAAAUCCCGGAGCCGCAGAGAGGGGAAGAGGCAGAAACCGCAGGACCUUCCAGGUCGCCCCCUUGCUCCCCGCACCCCCGGGCCGCCAGCUCGCCCUUGUCCAGUCUCGCUAAUCCCUCCUGAUCGCGACACCCCCCAGAGGGAGAAACGGGUGUUUCCAACCCCUUUCAUGGGGGAGAGGAGGCCGAGGGGAGCCCAAGAACAGCAAACGCAGCAAGAUCUGCACCCGGAGCCCCAGGAACAGUCCCAGAGGCCCACACUGCACCCUACAAAAGAACAGAAACAGGACCAGGAACAGCAGAAACCUCCCUGCAAUCACCUUUCCUUUAGUCAAGGCUGAUUUCCUCUUUGGCAACCAGAAAUUCACCUCCCGCCCCAGAUAACCUAAUAUAAUCUAUCUAUAUAUAAAUAUAUAAUAUAUAAUGUUCUUAAAUUAUUCCUGAUUUUUUUAACCAAGCUGCCAAGAAGAGAACGUAUUCUCCCCUUAAUCCUAUUCUAAUUUUUAUGUGAAUCUAAACUGCUGAGGAAGACCAUAUGUGAUUGUUAAAUUUUAUAUAGAUAUAUUUUUACUCUGCACAAUGCUUAUUCUUCUAUAUCCAUAGAUGCUUGAGAAGCUGUGUUCAUGUCAUUCAUGUACAUUUUCCUUUGGAAAAAGAAAGCGCCUAUUUUACUAACCAAAGACUUGAUUUUUACCUUUUUCCUUUUUUAUUCCCGCCUAGAAAUAAGCCUAAUUGGAUUCAUAUCAAUAUUUUAAGAGAUUUUUUUUUUAGUUGUUUUCCUUCCAGAGAGACCAGAAUUCCAAAUCAGAGAUACUUAGGGUGUUAAGCUGUGAUCUUUGAGUUAGCUAUAAAUAAGAUACUUCAAGCAAACAAACAAAUUUGAGAUACGGUGGGGAAAGACUCGAGACAUUAGAUUGUCUUUUUUUUUUUUAUUGUGAGAUUCUGAUCCUAAAAAUAAUAAAUGGGGGAUUACGGGUUUGGAGUGCUAGUGCAAAGCAAUACUGGGAAUAAAUCUGCUUUUCCAGUGCGAUUCCAUCCACAUCUGCAGCCUCCACACCAUCACCAAAAUGCCACCCCCAACCCUGCUGCUUUUAUAAAUAAUAACACAGCUGCCAAUGGCAGCAGCGCUGGGUCAGCUUGGCUCUUUCCUGCUCCAGCUACCCAUAACAUUCAGGAUGAGAUCUUGGGGUCAGAAAAAGGAAAAAGUCAACAGCAGGAACAACAAGACCCUUUAGAAAAGCAACAACUCUCCCCAAGUCCAGGUCAGGAAGCUGGAAUACUGCCUGAAACUGAAAAGGCAAAAGCUGAAGAAAAUCCAGGGGACAAUUCUUCAGAAAACAGCAAUGGAAAAGAAAAAAUACGCAUUGAAUCACCAGUGUUGGCAGGGUUUGAUUAUCAAGAAGCCACGGGCCUCGGUACUUCCACCCAACCCUUGACAUCUAGUGCAUCGUCCCUUACUGGUUUCAGUAACUGGUCAGCAGCGAUAGCGCCUUCUUCCUCCACGAUAAUCAAUGAAGAUGCAAGUUUCUUUCACCAGGGUGGGGUCCCUGGCGCUUCAGCUAAUAAUGGUGCUCUGUUGUUUCAAAAUUUCCCCCAUCAUGUGAGCCCUGGCUUUGGUGGUAGCUUCUCCCCUCAGAUCGGGCCUCUCUCCCAGCACCAUCCUCAUCACCCCCAUUUCCAGCAUCAUCACAGCCAGCAUCAGCAGCAAAGGAGGUCUCCUGCCAGUCCCCACCCCCCACCCUUCACACAUAGAAAUGCUGCUUUUAACCAGCUGCCUCAUUUGGCGAAUAAUCUUAACAAACCUCCUUCUCCAUGGAGCAGCUACCAGAGUCCCUCUCCAACUCCCUCUUCUUCCUGGAGCCCAGGAGGUGGCGGCUAUGGUGGCUGGGGAGCUUCUCAAGGCCGAGAUCACCGCAGAGGGCUGAAUGGUGGAAUAACACCCCUGAACUCCAUCUCACCUUUAAAGAAAAAUUUUGCAAGCAAUCAUAUUCAGCUCCAGAAGUAUGCUCGCCCUAGCUCAGCCUUUGCUCCCAAAUCCUGGAUGGAAGAUAGCUUGAACAGGGCUGACAACAUUUUUCCUUUUCCGGAUCGCCCCAGGACAUUUGACAUGCACUCAUUGGAGAGCUCACUCAUUGACAUAAUGAGAGCUGAAAAUGAUUCCAUUAAAGAUGCCCAGCAUGGACCUGUCAAGCUGAUGCACGGACCUUUUCUAGCUGUAGAAUUUGGUCGUCUAAACUAUUCAUAUCCAGGAUCCGAUAGUUCUCUGCUUAUUAAUGCAAGGACUUAUGGGCGAAGGAGAGGUCAGUCUUCACUGUUUCCGAUGGAAGAUGGAUUCCUGGAUGACGGCCGUGGGGAUCAACCUCUUCAUAGUGGCCUGGGUUCACCUCACUGCUUUACUCACCAAAAUGGGGAGAGAGUGGAACGAUAUUCCCGCAAGGUGUUCGUGGGUGGAUUGCCUCCUGACAUUGAUGAAGAGGAGAUCACAGCUAGCUUCCGUCGCUUUGGCCCUUUGAUCGUGGAUUGGCCCCAUAAAGCAGAGAGCAAAUCUUAUUUUCCACCCAAAGGCUAUGCAUUCCUGCUGUUUCAAGAUGAAAGUUCUGUCCAGGCUCUCAUUGAUGCGUGCAUUGAAGAAGAUGGAAAACUCUACCUGUGUGUAUCAAGUCCCACCAUCAAGGAUAAACCAGUGCAGAUUCGGCCCUGGAAUCUCAGUGACAGUGACUUUGUGAUGGAUGGUUCACAGCCACUUGACCCACGAAAAACAAUAUUUGUUGGUGGUGUUCCUCGACCGUUACGAGCUGUGGAGCUUGCAAUGAUAAUGGAUCGGCUGUAUGGAGGUGUCUGCUACGCUGGGAUUGAUACUGACCCUGAGCUCAAAUACCCAAAAGGAGCUGGACGAGUCGCCUUUUCUAAUCAACAGAGUUACAUAGCUGCUAUCAGUGCCCGCUUUGUUCAGCUACAGCAUGGAGAGAUAGAUAAACGGGUGGAGGUUAAGCCAUAUGUCUUGGAUGACCAGCUGUGUGAUGAAUGUCAAGGGGCCCGUUGCGGGGGGAAAUUUGCUCCAUUUUUCUGUGCUAACGUUACCUGUCUGCAGUAUUACUGUGAAUAUUGCUGGGCUGCUAUUCACUCUCGUGCUGGCAGGGAAUUCCACAAGCCCCUGGUGAAGGAAGGUGGUGACCGCCCUCGGCAUAUUUCAUUCCGCUGGAACUGAAGGAUGAAUGGCUCCAGAGCUCGUGUGCAGGCCAAGUGCCCUCUUCUGUUAAUUCCGACCCUUCCUCAGCCUCUUCACGCUGGCAUGGCCUGUGUAGCAGUGUGUAACUAACAGUAGUAGAAUGAAAAGAACAACCUACAACAUAGGUAUUUUGUAGACUCUCGUGUCACUACAAACAGUAUGUUUAAACUCCUUUUUCACAUUGCCAUCAUGUUGCAUGCAAGUUUUCAUUCUCUUGUUUUGCUGGAGGCCAAGAGGAUCCAAACUUGCUGCAGCAUUUUCUUAGAGGAGAGAAAUAUUAACAGAGAAAUGAGACAAUAUUUUGAGUUUUUAAUUGCUGGUAAUGAUAUAACAUAUAAGAAUACUUUAUUGAGAUAACCACCAACAGUAACACUAUUGUCUAUUCUGACACAGUCUCCCCCAGGGAAGUGCUCUUGCCGUUUCCUUUCCUUUCUUUUCUUCCUUAUCUCUUCUAUCCUUGUUCCUUCUUAACAGCAACGGAGGAAGUUAGCAGUUACUAACAGCAAAGAGUAUGUCAGAACAAGCAAAUGAUGAGCAAGAUUGAGCAGCGUAACUGGAAGGGCUUUGAGGUGGAGUAUGGUUUGAUCAUGCCUCAAAUGCAUCACAUUAGAAAAAAAUAAAGCAGGCAGAGCUGAGUUUGUUUUCUUUGGAAUAAUUCUUAAAAUUCUGAAUGUAAGAAUUGGGUGACUUUACUACUGAGGGGAGUGCAUUUAUUUACUUAACUGACUUCCUAGUCACAGCCCCAGGAAACCUACCAAAGCUAGAAUUAGUGAUAUGGUAGGAAAAGAAGAACAAAUGUAUACAUUUUAAUUUUUUUUGCUCUAUAGAAACUCUAUAGCCUAAUUUACUACAUCAUCAGCUGUCAGCCUUUGCUCUCCAUUUUGACAUUGAAAACAACGUCAUACCUAGACAUACCUCAAGGAUAAAGUUUUUGACUUUGUGUUACACUAUACUUGUAGCCAAAACUGGAAGAUAAAAACAGCAUACAAAUUGGCUGCCCAUUGGCUUUGUUUUCCAUUUGAAGUUACUUAGGAAUCCUGUAAUUUAGUUGUAACAUAGAAAACGUGGGGGGGAAGGUUAAAAAAAAAAGUCAAGUAGUUGCAAAGUGUUUUGCACUGUUGAACUAAGUAAUUGUGUAAAUCUGUGCAAAAGUCCGUAUGUUUAUCUUACUCUUCCUAUAAAGUACAAUACCAUACACUUUCCGAACUUAGCAUGGGACAUAGUGUUUGAAGUGCCAACUUCAUCAAGUAAUGCAUGCUUUAUUAUAAAUACAACCCUAGCUUUGAAAGAUGUUCUUAUGUUUUGAACAGUAUGCUUCAGAGGUAAAUUUAAAAUCGUCUCUUGAAGCCCUGGUCAUGGAAGUAACUUUUUGUUUCAUUGACUUUCUCUUAUUAAAUGCCCUACCGUAGUUCAAAGGAUGACUAUCAGUGUGCAAAGCAUUUACCAGCAGCAGCCUCAGUGCAGUCUUGCUAGCUGUGCUGCCCAACAGUACCAUCUUGGAUCCUUCAGAACCAAAGACUUGCCCCGCAGUGCUGUGUCAUCGCCUGGCUGGUGACCCCUCUGCUGUCUGUAGGAAAAGCAGCCCUUUUUUUUUUUUUUUUUUUUUUUUUAACACAGGCUUUAAUGAACUACAUAUACCUGUUAAGUUCCAAAGGUCAAAAUGGAGGCACUUGCUGUCUUUAAGAGUCCAACAGAAGGAGGGAGCCGCUGUCCAAGACUCCCCUGCUAAGAGAACAGUGAAGCAAUCGUGCCAAUGGAGAGUGCUCUCGUGUAGCUGGUCAGGGACAUAUUUUCUUUUCUCCUGAACUACAUGAUUCUAAUUGGAAUGUUCAUUUGCCUCUUUUUCUUCCUUUACUGCUUGUAGGUGGCUUGGGGUGUGCUGUUGUGCCGUUCCUACCCAGUAAAUGGGCGUGAUGAGUUAAGAAAUAACACUGCUUGAGAACUAGCUUUGAAUAGUUUUCCCUUUGUACAUGACCUGCUGAAUUUCGGUACAGUGUUUUGUAGCUAACUUAUUUUGUCAUGCACAUGAUGUAUAUUUGUUAUGCACUACUUUUGUAUAUCUUGUUUUUCCAACAGUGAACAUUUUUAGGCACACUUUUCACUGACGGGAUAUCUCUUUAUGCAAUACCUCAAUUUUUCAUAUUGCAAAGAGUAGCUUUUUGUACUUUUAUUACUGAGAGAUCUUCAUAUACUUCAUUUUUUAAUAUAAAUAAUUUUAAUAAAUUUUAUUUUCUUAUAUUCUGCUUUUUAUACAUUUCAGUGCUCUGCAUACAUUUUAAAUUAUGAAUGUUGUGCACUGGCAAUGCUAUUUUAGAGUCUGCAGAGAAGAGAAAGCAUGUUGCUUAAACAUCCUUCCCCAGCACCAGCUAUUGGUGUACCUAUAAUUUAAGAAAUAGUCUAUGUAAAGUCACAAAUUAAUGAAAAAAAUUCGCAUGAAAAUGACAAGAUAACACUGUAGUUCCUAAAGAAAAAAUUAAAUGCAUAAGCAUAGGGUAGAAAUUUAAAAUAACAAAAUUGUCUACAGCUUCUUACUAAGUUUUUUUAAAUUAUUCAUAAAAUGCAGACAUUUUGAGUGAAUGUUUAACCAUUUUUAAUCUUAAUUAAUUGAUGUUAUGUGUUUGAUUCAAAGAUGUCUGCUCUUUUAAAUUCUAUAUAAUAAAACAAAAUCGCCUGCCACAGGACAGGUUUGUAAUGUUAGUAUGCAUGACUAAUGUAAGAAAUUGUUAUUCUGCUAAUAUUUACUUGUGAUUGUGUGACAAGCGUGUUUACAGAUGAUUUGGUUCCACUUCUUUACAGGGCAUAAACAAUGAUUAUCUAUUACUCUGAACUUUAUGAUUACAUGUCCUUCAGAUUACAUGGGAUUGUAGUUGGGAGUUACCAUGUAACUCAAACAUAAUUAACAUGUAAUUAGUUUACAGGUUUUAGGGUAUCACUUCAAUUUACCAAGCAUGUAGUUCUAGCGCACUAGCAUGGCACCAGCCAUGUAUUUACAAUGUAGUUACAGAGUAAUUACAUGGUUAUUUUUGCAAUGUAAAAUAAAGUGUUUCUGAUUAUUUUCUAUGUAAAGGAACUCCCCCCCACCCCCGCCCCCUGGCUUUGGUAUAAUAUAUAUACUUCUCCAUACACAGACCUCUGCAGAAUGCAAACUAAAACUUGCAGUGAAUGAACUUAGCAUUUAUGAGAGUGCUGUUGGAAAGACUUGAUAAUUCACCCCUUUUGUUUUGAAGAGUUGAAUCUUCUGUUAAAAGGUGAUUUAAAACUUGAAUGUGAUGAAUUGUGGCAAGCUCACUCCAGUUAUGUGCAAUACUUAUCUCACACUUUGGAAGAUCUUUGCAGUGUAAUUCUUUGUUUUUAAUUGCAGACAUUUAAAAAUGUCAUUUUCUACUGUUAAGAGUAAUCCUCUUUCUUGCUGGUGUUUCUAAAGAAAAGAAUCAGAAAUCAAUCUUUCUACUAAUGUAAAUUUGAGAUUAUUUUUAAAAAUGGAAUAAAAGAGGUUUUGGUCAUUUGCUUUAUUUUAUUAUCUUAUUUUAAAGCUACUGUGAUUGAUAGCAUUGUAAGAAUUGGGACAAUAUUGUAUUCAACUGUUUUAUUUUUUAUAUUUUUAAAAUUUAAAGUAUAAUUAGUUUUUAUAAUUUCAUCAGAUUUUUGUUAUAUUUUUUUGGAAGUGAAACUUUUAGCAAGUGGGUGUCUAGUUUUUACUAAUCCCUGAUUUCCCAGUGAUUGCUCAUAUUAUCAGAAGGAAGCGUUAUUUAAGUGCGUCAGUUAAUUGUACUACUUGGCUGAAUUUCCAUAUAGUUUUUACUGUGUAUGGGGAGGUUGUAGUAUUUAUUCUAGCAUUUUAAAUAAGGGUAAUUCAUUUUUUUAUUAAAGUCAUUUUCACGUUAAGUUCCUAUUUUUGUAUGUUCUACUCUUAAGUUAUAUAACACAGUUCCUUUUUUAAAAGAGUUCAUUUGUUGAAGUGCUAGUGGAAAAUUAAUGUUAUUAAAUAGUUUGCAAAUGACUAUUUAUACCAGUAUGCAUAUAAUUUUUAAAUAUUUGUAAUGUGAGAUGUUGAAUGAAUAAAACUUUUAACUCA